UCCGGAAAUAACCAGGUCGAUGGUUUCAUAUUUUCCUCAACUUGGACACGGGUCAGAGUUAUGCUCCUAAGGUCCUGAGAGAGCUUGACUUCUAGCGAAAACCAACGGAAAUUAUUGAAUCUCACUCUUCGAUCUUUCAUGGCCCGUACGCGGCUGCUUCGCAUCACCCCAUCUGCGCGACGAUCCGCCAUUUCAUCCCUUUUCGCCCUUACAUUCAUUGGAUCCAUCCUCACCGUAUCCGCGUCAUCCAUUCUCCCAUGUCCUGCACGGCCGUCAGACCGAAGUUAUCUUACCGAAAGUGGGGAUGGACACGACGUGAAGCGCUCGAAACGGGGGUCUCUACAGUCUGAAGAGGAGAUCAUUGUAAUGUCAAGGAAGUCGCACCACUGGAUUGAAGAAAAGAUACCUCCCCGGCAAUGAAUCUGUGAUCCUAUCUUGUACCCCUCCUCAACAAUUACAAAUGACAAGAGCUCAUACUGCUUAAGAUUUCCUGUUCGUACCAUUGGUUAAUUUGUUCCCGCGUGAAUGGUGUUUUUCGUGCUUAUGAUCUGAUUCGCCGUCUGCUUUGAUUCGCACUCUGGGAUGAGCCAGGGUUCCUCUUCAAUACCACCACGUUUCGAUUGGAGAGCUAGCGAGUGUUUCUACUCUUACUCAGUGGUGUCAACGUGCAUCGGUACCACUCUUCUGAUCGCCUACUGGAUUCUCCUCUCCACUGUCAUAAUUUUUCGC